AAAAUAUUGGUCACUACUUUGGUUAUCUUAUUUUUUUGUUUUUUAUUUAAAUGGGAAGAGUAAAUUAAGUGCCUCUACAUAUCUUCUUCACUUAGUCUCUCUUUUACUAGUUCACAACAAUCUAUGGCAUUUCAAAAAGAAAACAUGGAAAUUGAAAUCAUAUCCACAAAAUUCAUAAAACCAUCUUCACCAACUCCAAAUCAUCUCCAAAAUUACAAGUUAAGUUUCUUUGAUCAAGUAUCUGAUGAGACACAUUUACCUCUUGUUUUUUUUUAUCCUCCUACCAACAACAUUAAUUUCUCAUCUCAUCAUGAAGAACAACUUGAGCAAUCCUUAUCUAGGAUUUUAACUCAUGUUUACCCUAUUUCUGGUAGAUUUAACGAAGAUAUUAACUCGAUAUCCUGCCAGGAUCAAGGGGUUAAAUUUAUAAAAGCAAAAAUGAAUAGUAAACUCAAUGAAUUUCUUGAUAAAGCACAUAAGGAUGUUAACCUUUCAUUGCUUUGUUGGCCUCAAGAUUCAUGGAAUGUAGAUCCAUCUAAUUUAUUUACCAUGCCACUUGUCAUUAUCCAAAUCACAGAAUUUGAGUGUGGUGGCUUAGCUCUAUCUAUGAGCCACAUGCACAUGACGAUGGAUGGUUAUUCAACUUUUAAUUUUAUCAACGAGUGGUCUAAAGUGUGUAGACUUAAGAUUCCUUUAGAGAAGAUCGAUUUCAUGAGCUUUGAUUUAGGUAAUGUUUUUCCAACGAGAGAUUUAUCGAAGCUUCUAUUGCCUCGUAUACCUCCAGUAGAUCGCCUGGAGUGUAAAUUAGUAGCCAAAAGGCUAUACAUCAAUGAAGAUUCUAUAUCAAGGCUAAGAGAAAAAGUUGGUGGAGAUUUAUGCAAAUUUAAGCCGUCAAGAGUUGAAAUGAUUAUGGCCCUCCUAUGGAGGGCUGUAAUCCGUGCUUCAGAAAAGAAGCACGGAUAUCUAAGACGUUCUUUAAUGAACAUCCCUAUAAAUUUGCGAACUAGGUUAAUUUCUCUACCUCAAGUAGAAAAAUCAUUUGGGAAUCUUGGAGUUGACGCUCCUAUAAAAUUCAUACCUGGAGAGAACAAGAUGGAGUUGCACGAAUUUGUAACAUUAAUUCAUAACGCUGUGAAGGAAACUAUUCAUACUUGUGACAAGACUUCACCAGAGGACAUAGUUUCCGCGGUGUCAAAUAUAUAUAAUGAAAGUUUUCUAGCACAAGAUUGGGGAGGAAAUGAUGAAGUUGAUAGGAUCAUAAGUUCAAGUUUGUGUAAAUUUCCUAUACAAGAAGCUGAUUUUGGCUGGGGUAAACCAUGUUUGAUGCAUUUUGGAUCAAGACAUGGUCAAGUUUGUUGGUUGUAUGAUGCAGAAUGUGGCAAUGGGAUAUGUGUGCAAGUAGAUUUGAAGGAAGAUAAUAUGAAUCUAUUUGAAUGUGACAAUGAUAUCAAGGAUUUCUUUCAAUUUUAGGGUUUUGAUGAUUUUUAUUUUUAAUUUAUUGUUGUUAUUGUUGUCGUCAUCAUUUUUUUUGGAUUCAGUAAAAUAAUAAAGUUGCAUUUGUUAUCUUGUUACAACUUAA